AUGGCUAACCAGUCUCCAUCAUCAUCGUCUCUAUCGCCACGGCAGAAGAACAUAAUCUCCGGGCUAACCGCUGGGGUGGUAACCACCGCAAUUAACCACCCGCUAGACUUGAUCAAGGUCCGGCUACAGUUGGACUCGUCGGUGCUGUCGCCAUUACAGUCUUUGCGAAAUGUCUUGAGACAAUUGUACUCAAAGGACCCUUCCAGCCGCUCUGGAACCUUUGGUCGUACCUUUACUAACGUCUAUCGGGGGCUAUCCAUAAAUUUGGUCGGGAACGCCGUGGCGUGGAGCUUGUAUUUCACCUUGUACGAUGAUUUGAAAAAUGUCAUCCACGUCACACACAGUCCCAACCACCAGCAUUAUAACUAUCUAGUGUGCUCGCUACUUACUGGAUCGCUCACUGCGUUUCUAACGAACCCCAUCUGGGUGUUAAAGACCCGGCUAUUGUCGACAAACAAGAAUGUACCUAACGCGUACAAGUCCAUUGGGCAGGGGGUUGCCAGUAUCUGGCGCACCGAGGGACUCUCGGGAUUUUUCAAGGGCUUCACUCCCAGUUUGAUCCAGGUGUGUCAAGGGGCAUUACACUUUACAAUUUAUGAUUCCUUGAAGGCGUAUCAUGCCAAACAACAACAACAACAACAACAACAACAACAACAACAACAACAACAACAACAACAACAUCAUCAUCAUCAUCAUCACGGCAAUACUCAACAUAAGAACGAUAAGUUGUCAUUUUGGGAAUAUCUUUACAUUGCCUCGGCGUCUAAAAUCAUCAGCACCACCGUGUUUUACCCAUUUCAACUAUUCAAGGCACGUCUCCAGGCAUAUGGUUUUAACAAGCCUGAACAAGCGGCGAGCACUAAAGGCCAUUUCAGAUCAGUAAUCGCCCAGACAUUUGCUAAUGAAGGGAUUGGUGGGUUCUAUAAGGGGCUAUACGUGAAUUUAUUGAGGGCAUUGCCGGCCACCUGUGUCACCUUUAUUACUUACGAGCACGUUCGGAACUACUUGUAA